AUGCCCGGUGUCGGCGACCAGCAGACGUCGCUGAAGUUUGCGCGCCCGGUUUGCAAACCCCACGUCCGGAAGUUCGCGCGCCUGCUCGAGCGGGUCGUCACUAACCCGAAUUGCGCCUCCCGGAUGCGGUGGUACGAGGGGUUCACCUCAAACGAUGGGCACGAAUUCACGAUGGAGAAAAGCGCGGCCAUGCUCUCGGGGCUCGUCAAGCAAAUGGUUCAGAUCGUAAAAUGGUGCGAGAAGCACAAGACGAUGCCGGAAUGGGAAGAGGAGAAGUGGUGGCUGAACUCGCGCGACUCGGCGAUGACCAAAUGGGAAGACGACUUCAUGGCGGACGUUGACGAGCUACUCUUUGAGCUGUUUUGUGCAGCCAACUACAUGGACAUCAAGUGCCUCACUGACAAGUGCGCGGAUACCGUAGCCCUGAUGGUGAGGGCAAAAACGUGGAGGGAGAUUCGGAAAAUCUGGAUGCUGGAGAACGACUUCACGCCCGAGGAGGAGGAGGAGAUGAAG